AUGACAGAUCGUGCCGGAUCUCCUAGCAGCUCGGGUUCUUCUUUCGAUCCGUAUUCGGCGGAUUCCCCAGAAGGCCCGAUGGACAAUCUAACCGGGAAUUUGAGCCGAGAUCCCCGGUCUUUUGAUUCCCAGGCGACUCCUUAUAAUAAUGAAUCAUCUUCCUCCAUUCCGGGAGGUUUUCAUGAGCCAUCGAGUCGAGAUAACGUUCCAUUCCCAGAACAGGAUGACCAUCAAUUUCGAAAAAGGAAACGCGAGGACCGACUAUCGCAAGAAGACCUAGUGCCUCAUAUGGAAAACGGCGGUUUUAAUAGGACCGAAGAUGGUUCUCAGUUCCCUACCGGCCUUUCGCCAUCAAGCCGGAACAAGCGUGCUAGGUUCAAUGUGGCCACUUCCGAAGUGCGUGACCAUUUUCUUGAUAAAAUAAAACUUCCAGGAGAAAUUUGGCAAUAUAUUUUUACAUUUCUUCCACCCACGUCCCUUGGCUGUGUUCUGCAAGUCAAUCGUGCCUUUAAGGAGCUGCUUACUGCAGACUUAACAGAGUUGUCUGCUAAAGGCGCAACUCCUCGUUCAUUGAAAUAUGUUCAUCCAAACUACAUUUGGUCUUCAUCUCGAAAGACCUUUCAUCCUGGUAUGCCACGCCCCCUUUCAACUCUAUCUGAGCUGGAUAUGUGGCGGCUUGUUCGCGGAACUGCCUGCCAGUUUUGCAAAAAAGCUGGUUUUAUUUCUUCGUCCGAAACUUCCAUGUGGGAAGGUGGCCCGGGACCUACUGGAAUACGAAUUAUUUGGCCCUUCGCUGCCCGACUUUGUGCAGAAUGCAUUCAAAAUAACUGUGAAAAGGAAAUGGAUCUUCUCUUCUCUUCUACGUUGCCCACUCUCCUUGUUCCUGCUAUUCCAUUCGCUUUUUUCACGCCUUCAAUGAAUUUCGUCUCUUCCGUCGUCCUCCGGUCAAAUCAGCCCCCAACGGGCUUGAGUUUAACAAAAUUUUACCUCAAAUCCCAUAUCGAGGCGAUGAGAGCUAAAUUCGAGGAAGUAAAGACGCUCGGAUCCGCAACCGCGGAGGAAUGGGUCAAAGGCUUAGAAGGGAACGGGAAGGAAAAAAUUGCAGAUUCAGCCAGGUGGGAACAAUGGGAACUGACAGGAGGCCUUCGCUCCGUGCGGACCGCCAAUACCUUUCAGUCCGGGCGGCCUAGCGUGGAUUAUGUCGAAUCUGGUGGCCAGAGCUCCAGCACCAUUGGAUCUAAUUCAGGAGUUUCAAGCCCUCCCAGCGGUAACUUUCCGCAUCGUCGUGGACGACCUUCUUUGUCUUCAAAUACACAUGUCAAAACACUUAGCAAUUCUGUGCCAGCAUCCUCGCAUCACAGGUCAGAGCGCAGUAUUCGAGAGGUUAACGAGGCAAAGUCCAACAGGAGAGCAGAAAUUGAACGCAGGUGUGCAGAACUUGACCCACCAUUGAGCGCAUCAGUUUUAGGCCAUAUGGACUCUUUCCAAGCUGCUAUCCAGAUCCCGCAUCCGUUUACGGAUCGAGAUUGGGAUAUAUUGAAGCCACGUUUGCUGGCUCAAAGGGAGGUUGCUGAGCGUCGCGAAUUGGAGCGUGUCAAGCAAGAUAAGAUCCUGCAAGCAAAAUCGGAAGAGCGACGACAGCAAGAAGCUCAGCUUAAGGAAGCCAAAGACUUGCUUGAUAAAGAGUGGGACGAGGUUCAGAAACCCAUCCGUGAACGCAUGGCAACAUAUGCAGACGAGAUAAUCCGUGAAGGUUGGCGAGAUGGCGAUGGAGUUACCAAGGACAAAUGCCCCAAAUUUGCCGCCGAUGUGCUGAUGUAUGUUCGCAAUAAGUUUUAUAGCGACCUUGUGAAGGAAGACGCUCUGGCACGUAGCCUUGGCAACGCGAUUGAGGAAGACCGUCCUGGUGCGCCACCUAAACGAAAGCUCAUCCUCGAGAAUAUGAAAUGGAUAUUUGACCAGAAAAUCAAGCCUCUCACGGACCCACACCAGAAAGAAUUGUUUCUCUGCAAUGGCUGCGAGAACAAUUCCAAGUACUACGGUUUCGAAGGAGUUGUGCAGCAUUAUGCAGCAAAACAUACAAGUGUGCUCAGUUUGGGAAGUGUCGUCGUGCACUGGCGCGCUGAGUGGCCUGAAAAUCCCCCGUUCCAUCCCAACCCGAACGCAGCGAGAGCUCUAAUGUUCGCAAUGCCUCGGCCAACCAUGGGCCAGCCGAAUCACGGCUAUCAAGCAAACCCAAUUGCCCCGGAUACUUAUCCACAGAUGUCUCCGGCACCGUAUAGGAGGACACCGUAUGGUACUCCAUAUGCUUACGGAACAGGUCCCUACCGCCCACCCUCUCCUGCGGGCUCACAAUACUAUCCUCCCCAGCCAGGAAGCUACGCAUUCAGUGCUCCGCAGCCUGGCUAUCCUCCCAAUGGUCCCUACGAUCCACAUGCCCAACCACCCCCGGUUUAUGGCUCUCCUUACCCUGGCCCAGGAUACCCUCCGCCAUAUCCUGGCCCUGAUGCGAGAGCACCAGUGCCACCAGCGCCUUACCCUACUCAUUAUGGGCCACACCCUCAUAUUCCACCAUUUGGUGCGCCAUUUAGCGGAAAUCCCCUUGCCCAACGCCCGGGAGCUGCACCUUCAAACCCACACAAAUCGAAUCCUAAUAGUCAGGCUUUCGGGUUCUAUCAAUCUCAGGUGGACGAGCUUGCGAAAAAUGCUCGGGCUAUUUGGAACGGCACUUCUGGAAUCAAAGAUCUUCCUCACAAUGUUAGAGCUCAUGUUUUGCUGCACCACGUGGCUGCUCGAUUUGCAGAGCGUUAUAACCACGACCCGCCUCUUGCGCUCAUUUCGGACGCUCUCAGUGCACACCCACAGAUGAAACCCAUUAGGAAUUUAUGCGGGUUAGUUUGCAAAUCGUGUUCAAAUCCCAAUUCAUCCCACGGACGACGCGGUCGUGGGCACGAUCGUAAACCUUUUACCUUACCUGCCGUUGUAAGCCAUUUUCUCUCGGUACACUUGGCUAGAGACGACCCGCCACCAGAUUGGAAAACACAAAUGGUGGCCUUACCCGAUGAUUCCGUUAUCUCCUCUUUGAAUCAGACCCCGGGUAUGGACCAGGCAAAAUUUCACUUGGUCAUGGCGGCGUUCCCAUGGGUAUUUGGAUCUAAGAUGCCGAAUGCCCCAAUUAACACCGCCCCCAAAGAUGAUCGGCCUCCUUUAAAGAAAGAACACCGAGGUGUUGGCCGAGGUCAACCACGUAUCAAAUACGAGUCUCGUGCUGCUGAGCCUAACCCCAGUUUACCAGAAGGUCAUCACAGCCAGUUAGAGGUGGCUGUAGACGAUUUCCCCAAGUUUAUCGAGUCCCCGUUGGGCGAAGGCGUCAAGCCUCUUGAACCUCCGAAAGACAGUGAAUAUGACCCCCACCGACCUGCAUUUAUCGAUCCGCCGCGAGAUCAGUAUGGCCGGUUUGAUAGUCGCCGUGCACGCCCCAAAGCUAUCCUAACGGCUCCUAUUCAAGAUGCGCGUUUGAAUGACCCAGGCCAUGCUGGACCACCAGCUGAGCCACCUAGUUCUGAGCCUCACACUGACGCUGCAAGACUCACGCAUCGCCCCAUUACUAGGGGCUCAAAGGCCAGUUUAAAUGACAUUGGAGUGGCUACUGGGAUUAUUGGUGACACGAGUGGAGAUACUGAGCGCCCUGUAACACAUACCCGAAAUGUGUCAGAGGAUGGCGAAGUGCCUGAACCUGUGCAUAGUAAAAGUGGGCAGACCAAACCGAAUUCUCCGGUGGAAGAACUCAGUGCCGCCGAACGCUUCCUCAGCAGUUUCGUCCCCGGCCAAGAUCUAGAAGAUUACAAGCCUGCGACGGGUGACGUAGAUCGGUCCAAUGAUCAGUCCAGGGCCAAAUGGCUUGACCUUGAAGAUGGGGACGAACGUCGCUGGCGGACCGAUGCUGGUGGGACUGCGGAGGGUAGCGUCGUGGGCGACGUACCUCGAGGUGGGAGACCCAACUGGGGCGCGCGAACGAAUAGUCCUUCUACGAUUCGCGGCUAUCGUGAUUUUGAACAACGCUUCGAGCCGCCUGACCAUAGUACAGGCAGCGUCCGACGCGGUGGAAUAACACCGCCCGACCCUGGAGAAGCACGCAACGGAAGACGAGCUGUUGCCUAUUCAGAUUCCCGUCACCAACCCGAUCACUAUGCACGGCGUCCUCAUAGCAGAUUUGAUAGGUAUGAAGCUCAAAGGCAAGAAUCGCUUCGUCCUCGGUCCCGAUCCCCUGCAGUCCAGGAUACCCUCCAAAUUGAAGCACCAUUCUAUCGUGACCGAAGUCCGAGAGAACGGGGUAGACGACCAGUUUAUUCAGAUUAUCCUCCCAGUGAAACGUACUACGAUCGCGUCCCGCUCGAACAACAGGGUCCAUAUACACGUCUACCCCAUCAACCACCUUACCAAUACAUGGAGGACUCUAGAUACGCGGAGAGGCCGUACGAUGGAGCGGUUGAAUACAUCCCUGUUCGAGUAAGCGGUCGUGAACCCCAAAAUCCUACGACGUACUAUAUCGAGCGCCCUAUUCACCGGGAAGCUCCCAAGGAGUACGUUGACUAUGAAAUGGAGUAUCGACGCCAACCCAUUUACGACGAGCCAGGACAGUAUUACCCUCCAGAGACGAUUCCUCGACAUACUGAAGCGCCUGGACCUGUACCACGCCGCGCUCGGUACCGUUAA